AUGGGCGAUUUUUAUAUCCGAUUAGCUAUUUGGGACAGUGAAUCAAUAGAAGAACUAGAUUCGCUCCUGAACCUUUUUAAUAGCGAUGAGAGAGACAUGGAUUUAACGAUAUUAGGUUUACAAACUAGGGUUCGUCUACUCGAGCAAGCCUUGAGAAAUAAUGAUUCUUCCAGGGAUCUUGACGUGGGACCAGAUGAAGCAAGGAGAGAUGAUGCCGCAAUAUUCGAUACCACGGAUGAUCCAAUGGAUGCUAUCGAUCAAAGUGGAGGACGCAUGGAAAAACGUCGACAUGAUGAACUUGAUUCAAGUGAAGAUGUUAACGCACACUCGCCAAAACGACAGCGUACACUCUCUUCUACAGGUUUACCAGCAGCAGCAAAUUCUCCUGUUUUAACUGAUCUACCGCCAAAUACAAAACCUCUGUAUCGCAUCAAGGGAGUAAGCGAAGUCAACGUUCAAAAAUUCAAGACACGCGGCAUGAAUUACGAUGUUCAGUUCAGCGAUAUAGCAGCACAUGGGGUUGAUGAGCUACAUCCUAUUUUAAACAACGCUUUUGAAGGAAUUAUUGACGAUAUCACCACAGGAAUGCCAGCACAUGAUCAGGUACGUCUAGUCCUGAGUACAAAUCAACUCGACUAUCCUAUAGCACUACCCUUCAUGAGACGGGAUCAAUUAACUGCUGAACGGUUGUUAUCAAGAGUGGAGCAGGUUCUUCAAUCGCACGAGUCGUUUACUCUGAAUGAAACAGUUCACAUUAAUUUUUACCAUGUAUCCAUGCCGCAAGGAAGCGGGUCAAAGCGAAGGAGAACUAUAAACUUACAAAAACACCUCAGUGAGAAACGUUGUAUCAUACAGAUACAAAAUGAUGAUGCCUUAUGUUUGGCUCGAGCACUGGUUGUGGCAAAAGCGAAACUGAGCAAUGAUCCUGCUGUAAAACAAAUUGCUAAUUCAAGACGUCCACUUCAGAGACGUUUAGCAGAGCAACUACAUCACGAUGCCGGAGUCCUAAUUGGCCCUUGUGGUUUGGAAGAAGUCAAGCGUUUUCAAGAGCAUCUUCAGGAUUAUCAAAUCAAUAUAGUCUCUGCACAUUUAUUCAAUGCCGUCAUCUAUUCAGGUCCUGAUAAAGAUCAACGCAUCUACUUGUAUCAUCACGACAACCACUAUGAUGUCAUCACUUCUAUGCCAGCUUUCUUCUCGCGAAAACUUUUUUGUCAUCAUUGUAAUAAAGCCUACGACCAUGAUGCGGAUCACAUAUGCAAGCAUAAAUGCAACAUUUGCUUCAAGGGACCCUGUGAUUUGGUUAAGUGGAUAUACUGUGAAGAGUGUAAUCGAUACUUUAAAAACCAACAGUGUUUUGAUAAUCACAAUCAGCUUAAUGAGGCCGGAAGUUCCCUAUGUUUACGCUACGUGAAAUGCAAAUUUUGCCACAAGAUCAUUAAAAGGAUCAAUCAAGAACCUGAAGCACAUCACUGCGGUGAAAUAAAAUGCAAUACUUGUAAACAGUUUGCUGAUCCAGAUCAUCAAUGUUACAUGCAACCUGUUGACGAUGAAUCUGAAAAUGCAAACAGCAACACUAAUGAUCCAAAAUUUCUAUUUUUCGACUAUGAAACGACACAAGAAACGGGUACUCAUAUCCCUAAUCUGAUUAUUGUACAAAACCAAAAUGGCGACGAACAUGUCUUUAAUGGUGAAAACGCUAACAUCAAAUUCUGUAACUGGCUUUUUUCUGCGGAAAAUGAGGAUGCUAUCUGCUUCGCGCACAAUCUACAGAAAUUUGAUGGAUAUUUUAUUUUAUCAUACCUUAACAAACAAGGUAUUUGUCCUUCUGUAAUCAUGAAUGGUGGCAAGAUUUUGUCCAUAGAUGUAAGAGAACAAAACAUCAAAUUUUUGGACAGUAUGGCGUUUCUACCUAUGAGGCUCUCUGCGUUCCCUAAAACAUUUGGUUUCGAUGAACUAAAGAAAGGCUACUUUCCACAUCAUUUCAACACUCCCAACAACCAAUCCUACAUUGGACCAUUACCUGACGCCUCUUUCUACGAUCCUGACGGAAUGUCGCCUAGUGUUCGUGAUCAAUUUUAUCAAUGGUACAAUGACUUGAAAUCAAGGAACUAUGAAUUUAAUAUGGAAAUCGAGAUAACAGAAUAUUGCCGUUCAGAUGUGGACAUUCUACGUAAGUCAUGCCUGGAGUUUCGCCGUCUUUUCAUGGAGACGACUGACAUUGACCCAUUUGCCAAGUGCAUAACUAUCGCAUCUGCAUGUAAUUUGGUCUUCCGCAAGAAUUUUCUACAACCAAAUACUAUUGCCAUCAUCCCACCACUCGGCUAUAGACCACAAGAUAAACAGUCUGCGAUAGCGUUGAAAUGGCUCUCCUAUGUAUCAGAGAAAGAAAACAUUUACAUAAGACACGCACGAAAUACUGGUGAACAACGAAUAGGCCCUUAUCGAGUUGACGGUUUCCACGAAGGAAGCAAUACAGUAUACGAAUUCAAUGGUGAUUUUUGGCAUGGAUGUAAGUGUUUUGCUCGAGGCACUAAAAAUCCCAUCAACGGAAAAACCAUGCAAGAACUUUACAAAGAAACCUUACAAAGGCGUGACUAUCUAAUACGACAGGGUUAUAAAGUCGUAGAAAAGUGGGAAUGUGAGCUGAAGAAAGAGCUAAGUGAGGAUCCAGAGAUUAAAGAAUAUUUUGAUAAGAACGUCAUUGCUACUGAACCUCUAGAACCAAGACACGCCCUGUUUGGUGGUCGUACGAAUGCAACACGAUUAUAUUACAAAGCUCAAGAGAGUGAAAAGAUUAAAUAUGUUGAUUUUACGAGGUAUGACUUAUAUGAUUGGUUUUGUAAUUUGCUCUAG